AUGAUCCUAAGCGGCACCCAGAUCCUAUCGCGCAGCCUCGUCCAAGGACUCCUCAACACUUCCCUCCAACUCCAACCCUGCGGCAUCGACUUAACCCUUCGCCAAAUCUCCCUCUGGUCCACCCCCGCAACAAUAGACUUCUCCAACGCCAACCGCAAAGCCGCUAAAACAUCAAUCCUACAAUUCGAGGACAAAAUCACCUUGAAGCCAGGAUCUUAUCUAAUUGACUUUAACGAAACGGUCAAAGUCCCACGGAAUUGCAUGGCAAGCGUCUUCCCUCGAUCAUCUCUUUGGAGAUCUGGCGUGGGUAUUAGUGCGGGCGUGGUUGAUGCGGGCUAUCAGGGGGCUAUGGGGGCGUUGAUGGAUGUUAGGAAUCCGUUGGGUGUGGUGUUGUAUAAGGAUGCGAAGCUUGCGCAGAUUGUCUUUGAGGAGUUGGGGGAGAUGGUUGAUGGGUAUAAGGGGGUUUAUCAGGGUGCUGGGUGUAGUGUUGGGAGGGAUGGGGAUGAGGUGGGAAUGUGA